AUGACAAUAAGCCCAGGUGUGGCUUGUGAUAUAACAUGGGAUACAGGGAUGAUCGAAAGUCCAGAUGGAAAUUCUAACUCAUACAUGCAUUGCGUAUCUAUUGGGUUUAAAACACUAGGCAUAUGGAAACUGGAAUCUUGCUUACCUGGCUAUACCUUUCAAAUCAGUGAAAAAAGAUGUGUACCUAAGCAGUCUGCAUCGGCGGCUACAAGUAAUAAAUCUUUCGCAGUUCUCAAUAAUAGCUGCGCGAACGGUGAAGAAUGUAUUGGUGGAGCGAUUUGUGAUUCGAGCAGUAUGCGAUGUUCGUGCCCUUUUGACACGACAGCUGACCCGAAUACUCUGUCCUGUGUUCCGUCUUCAUUCAAAUCAUUUCAUCAGAAUAGCUAUAAUGCAUACUCAUCAAAUGAACACAAAAUAAUGGUAACUACCGAAAGCAACAUAUUACCAAAUGUUUUUAACGUGCGAGUGCCACCGGGAAGUAGCUGUUCAAACAGCGAAAUAUGUGACGGUGGUUCAUUUUGUAGUCUUCCAACAAAAUUUUGCCUCUGUCCUGAUGAUAUGGAAGAUUUUAAAGGUCAAUGCCGGAAACCUGAACGGUCCAUUUUCCCAGCAAUAGUUAGUUUGGGUGAUAGCUGUAGCAGUACAGUACACUGUCGAAACGGUACGACAUGUAUCGAUGGUCAGUGCAGAUGUCCGAUUCCCCUGGUUCAGGAAGGUGAUCAGUGUGUGAAAAAGCUCGUGCCAUUCAGAGUUGGUCCCGGCGAAAUGUGUAAUGAAAGUCAGGUAUGCUCUCGUGGAUCGACAUGUCAUCCAAUCAUUCCUGUAUGCAUCUGUCCGGAAAACACUGUUCUUCAAGAAAACUCUUGCGUACCAGUUGUUUCAGCAAUGCCGAAGUUAAAUAUCGAAUUUAGUGGAGCAGGACAGGUUGCUGUUGGAUUUCCAUGUCAUGCUAAUACUGACUGCAGCAAUGGCGCCUACUGCAAAACCAAUAACAAUUCAGCCAGUUGUCAAUGUCUUUCAACCCACGUCAACAUUAAUAAUAUCUGUGAAAAAGUGAUAUAUCCUGGACAAAGUGGUUGUCAUCAUGAUAUCCAAUGCUCGGCCAGUUAUGCUUCCUCUAAAUGUUUUGCUGGUCAAUGUAUUUGUCCAGAUGGUUUUAGUGCUAUCGAGCAAACUUGCAAAUCAGAUAAACAAACAGUGCAAAUACCACCCGGUGGAAGUUGCAUGAUUGAUGAAGAUUGUACAGGUGGUUCAAAGUGUCAAGAUGGUUGGUGUAUUUGUCCAGAAGUUUCUAUGAAAGUAAUCAGUGGCAAGUGUAAAAAGGUCUAUGGAGAUUCACUGCCCACAGAAAUGCAGAAUAAUUCAUUAGCAGUAAAUACCUUAACAAGCGAUAUUAAAGCGACAAUUCCGCCAACAAAAACGAUUGAAAAGAUUGCAAUGCCUUUUCCUAUCAACUCGUUCAUCUCAUCGACAGUAUCAUCGCAACAGGUUGGAGAUGUAUUACCUAUUGAUGGCUUGAAUCAGUGGCAAACAAUAGCAACAACCAUCAAUAAUUCCACUCUCCCUCCUACAUCAGUACCGGUUCCUCUCCCAGGUCAACCGAGAAUCACUGGUCCACCAUUGCGUAAAUCACGUACUCAUACGAGUACCGUAUCAAUCUCACACGAGUCACACGAGAACUCUCACACGAGUACCGUAUCAAUCUAUAAAACUAGACCUGGAAAUGGAGUAUGCCCUACUCCGAAUAAUGUCAUUCGUGAUGAAAGUACCAAUUAUUUGAUAGUCUGUAAUGGUGAAAAACCACUGUGUCCACCAAAUUCCUACUGUUACAUUACUGGAUAUGCUAAUCAGGAAUACAAUUGUUGUAGAUCCUGA